CGGCAUUUGACGAGCCGUCUUUUAGCUUACGAAGAGUCUUGAGGGAGAAAUUGUGAACAAUGAUGGACCGCCGAGUAAUGGUAGCGCUGACCUGCAUCCUGGCAGUGUCAGCAGGCAUGAGCACCAGCAAACUGGAGCGAGAAGCCGCGUUUGCUGACUACAGUCCUAAGAUAAGGGAGCGUCUCGUAUCUUUGUCCUACAACUGGGCUGACGGCUGGCAAAAGUUUCUAGUUUCUGGGCCUAAACCAGAAGUCAAAGCUGCGAUCGACCAAGUCAACUUCCUGCUCUGGACAAGGUCCAAUCUCAAUGUUGAAUACGUCUUGGAGGCCUUCAACGCCGACAGUUUCGCCGCUUCAAACUUCGAUUCCUCCAAAGAAACAUUUUUGGUAUUCCAUGGUUACAGUUCUAGUGGCAAUACAUCGUGGAUUUUGGAUGCCAAGAAUGCUUUGCUCGAUAGGGUUGAUGCCAACUUCAUCUCGGUGGACUGGGCAGAGCUGGCUGCUCCGCCCGACUACGUAGCUGCUGCUGCUGGCGUUUACGAAACCGCCGAUCUCACCGCAUCUUUGCUGGACUGGAUGGUGGACAUUGUAGGUCUGGAUUUCCAGAGGACGGCACUUGCGGGACACAGCCUAGGUGCUCAAUGUGCUGGAAUGGUUGGCAACACCGUCACCAGUGGAAAACUCGAUCGCGUUACUGGUCUGGACCCUGCGUCGCCGCUCUUCGAGGAGGUUGACGAAUCCCAACGCAUCAACCCCAACAGCGCCACAUUCGUCGACAUCAUCCACACCAACGCCUGCUCCCAAGAAGACGGAUGCUUGGGAAUGAUCGAACCAGUUGGCAAAGUCGACUUCUACCCAAACGGCGGAGCUCAUCAGGUUGGCUGCCCACUGGUCAACAGCACCUCAAUUAUAGACAAUAUUCUGAGUUGCAGUCACAGUCGAUCUUACGAAUACUGGAUAGAGAGCAUACGAGCUCAGGAGCCAACAGACAAGACUUUCUGGGCGAAGCCGUGCUCGGACUGGUCGACCUACGAAGCCGGGCUGUGCAGCUCUUGUGGCAACGGCUGCGUUCAGAUGGGCUACCCGGCUGACAUUUCCGGCGUCAUCAUUGGAUCGGACAUCGAGUAUUACCUGACAACCAACGCCGAUGCGCCCUUCGCCGUUGGCUUGAACUAACGAACUUUGGGUAACAGUUUGGUCUCCACUCCGCGCCGUGGAAAAACACACGGGAAAAAGUGCUUUUCCCUUUUGAGAUUCAUGCCAUAUUUGUACUCAGAAACAUAAAUAAGAAAAAAUAAAUCAAAUUCAACAAAUCACUUGAGAUUGUUAAUAAAUGUGACGUCAAAAGGAUACUUGAAAGAUUUUUUCGAUGCCGCUAUAUUAGUUUGCAAACAUUUAUUUACUUUUUCCUUGCAGGAUUGCUGUAGGAAUUAUUACACAAAUAUUCAAUACUUGCCUGAAUUAUGUUGUUUAUAUUACAUUUUCAAACUUUAAGCUACAUGGUAAAAGAGAAAUUUAC